CAACCAGGUAUUAAAAAAAAAAACAUGUCCUACAAAGUGAACUAUUCUCCUCUCCUACAUGCACACACACCACCACCUCAGCCAUGCCAUAAAGUGUGUGACGUAGCCUACAGCUCCAGUAUGAAAGGGCAAACUCUGCCCAGUCAGGCAGACGGUGCAGUGCUGUGCGGGUCAGAUCCACCUGAUGACAGCGUACCUGCUCUGAAAUCUCACCUGUGGCCGGACGGUGCAGAGGGAACCUCAGGGAUGGAGAGGCUGCUGAAGAAGUGUCAGAUCAGAAACCAGCUGGUCAGGGAGUGCAUGGCCGAAUGCCUAGGAGUCUACAUCCUGAUUCUGUUUGGAUGUGGCUCCGUUGCCCAGGUGACGACAACUCAAGAUAAGAAGGGGCAGUACCUGUCAAUCAAUCUGGGUUUUGCUCUUGGAGUAACCUUUGGGGUCUUCGUGUCUCGUGGAGUCUCAGGUGCCCAUCUGAACCCUGCUGUCACUCUGAGCUUGUGCGUUCUGGGCAGACAUCCAUGGCUGAAGCUGCCCUUCUACGUCUUCUUCCAAGUGUUUGGAGCCUUUUUGGCCGCAGCCACCGUUGGUCUGCAGUACUACGAUGCCAUCCGGACGUACAGCGGAGGCGAGCUGACAGUCGCGGGUCCCACUGCCACAGCAGGCAUAUUCUCCACCUACCCAGCUGACUACCUCAGUCUGUGGGGUGGUGUCGUGGACCAGGUGAUAGGCACAGCUGCAUUGCUGCUGUGUGUCCUGGCUCUUGGGGACCAGAGGAACAGCUCCCUCCCUGAUGGUCUUCAGCCUGUCCUGGUGGGAGCAGUGGUGCUGGUUAUUGGCAUCUCGAUGGGCUCAAACAGCGGCUACGCCCUCAACCCUGCCAGAGAUUUUGGACCUCGGUUGUUCACGUACAUCGCUGGGUGGGGAGUGGAUGUGUUCAAGGCUGGAGGAGGCUGGUGGUGGGUACCUAUAGUGGCUCCUUGUGUCGGAGCACUGUUGGGAACACUGAUCUAUGAGUUGAUGAUUGAAGUCCACCAUCCUCCUGCGCCGUCUGAGCUCCAGACUUCGUGUCAGGAGGCCACUGAAGGCAAGGUGGGACUGGAGCUGGAGGGGGGUGGAGCCAGGCUGUGA